AUGGCUGACAGUCAGGAACUAUUGGACUGCUCAAUCUGUUUACAAUUACUGAAGGAUCCAGUGACAACGGCCUGUGGACACAGUUACUGCAUGACAUGCAUCAAUAGCCACUGGAAUACAAGAGAGAGAAGAAGAUACAGCUGCCCUCUGUGCAGGCAGAUCUUCGAAAAGAGACCUGCCCUGAAGAGGAACACACUUCUGGCUGCUUUGUUGGAGGAACACAGGAGGAACACCAGCAAAAGUGCUGCUGCUGAAGCUGGUGACACCUAUGCUGAAGCUGGGGAUGCUCAGUGUGAUACUUGCACAGGGAGAAAGAGAAAAGCAUCCAAGUUCUGUCUUGUAUGUUUGGCCUUUUACUGCGAGACCCAUCUGAAGCCUCACUUUGAAGUGCCACCACUGAAAAAACACAAACUAACUGAAACAACAAGGGCCAAAGACAGCAUCUGUGGCCUUCAUGACAAACAUCUGGAGAUGUACUGCAAAACUGAUCAACAGUUAAUAUGUCUACAGUGUUUUGCGGAUGGGCACAAAAAUCAUGACGCAGUAAUAGUGGAAGCAAAAAAGAGUGAUAUGCUGGUGCAACUCGACUGGACUAAGCAGGAAAUAGCAGACCUAUUGCAAAAUUUAGGCGGGAGAAAAGAGGAACUGACAAAGGCAGCAGACUCUAUAAAAGAUGCUGCUCAGGAGGCAUGUGACUUUGAGAGAUUGUGUGCAGCACACAUUCGUUAUGUACAGAUGAAGUGCUUUGAGCUGAGAGAGAAAGUUGGAAAAGCAGAAAAAGCAGGAAUGGACCAGAUCAACAGUUGUCUUGAGAAACUUGAGUGUGAAACUCACAAGCUGAGGAAAGAAGAGGACAAUCUGAACCAGCUUGAAUUGAUGGUGGAUCAGACUGUUCAGUUUCUUGAGGGUGUCCAGGCCCUGGGUGACCUCCGUGCAUUCACAGCAUCAUAUGAGAGUGUCGACACAAUGUCAGGGUUCGUCAAUGCACAGACAGAAAAAGUGAAAAAUGUGUUAAAAAGUGCAAAGAAUGAAAUUCUCAGUCACUUUAGAACAACAGAGAACUUCAAGGUGGAGGUGGAUCCAAACACAGUAGCUGCAUGUCUUUGCUUGUCUGACACAAACAAUGAGUUAUCCGUUGGAUGCCAAGACCAGGCUCACCCUGAUCACCCCGAAAGAUUCACCUUCUUUCAGCAGGCAUUGUGUAAGAAUGGUCUUAAUGGGAACCACUACUGGGAGGUGGAGUGGGAUGGUGGGGUUGUGGAUUUGGCUGUCUCGUACAAAGGCAUUGAAAGGAAGGGCUCAGGGAAAGAUUGUUUUUUUGGCCACAACAGUCUCUCCUGGAAAUUAACCUGCUCUUCAUCCGGCUGCACAUUUUGGCACAAUAAUCUUCACCAAAGCCAAAUUCCUCCGGCUCGCUCACGUAAAGUUGGCAUACAUCUUGAUUAUGAAGCAGGAUCCCUGAGCUUCUACAGCGUUUCUGUUAAUAACCAGCUGUCACUGCUGCACAAGGUCCAGACCACCUUCACUGAACCUCUCUAUCCAGGGUUCUCUGUUGAUUUAGGUGCAACAAUCAAAAUAUGCAACAUCUAACCAGUCUGCAUAACAAGUAUGACUCGCAGGACAGGCCGCAAUUUUAUAAUUCAUAUUCAGAGAUAAAAUGGAUCACAUGUGUAAAAGAUUAAUACAUGUAAACAUAUAAGUCGAUUUAUAUCAUUUGAAAAAAAUACAACUUUAAAGUGUUUUCUUUCUCUGUCUGUCCAAUUGUUCAACGAAAUCUGCCUAAGUUUGUUUUGUCAUAGGUUAACCUUUAAAUAACAGUGUAAAUGUGGAGCAUCUCAGCCUCCUGAGUCUUGAUCCUUUUUGUUUUCUUUAAUGUCUAAGCAAUAUUUGAUGAUGUUGAUGGUGGAGUUGAUCUCAAAUGCAAAGAUAAUUGAUUAAGACUAGUUCAUACCCUAAACAUUUUGUAGAAUAGUCCAAAAGAGUGAGUUUUUUAUACUGAUGGAGGAUUUUUAAGGUAUAACACUUGAAGUCUAAGUAAUGCUAAUCUCAUGAUGUCUGGUGGGUGUUUGAAUUCCUUUAUUGUCAUUUUUUCCAUAAUAUGUUGCUAAAACAGUAUCAAAAGAUUGUUUUCAGUUGUCAUUUUAAUUCUGUUUGCUAUACUUUGCUAAAUCAAAGCUACUGCUGUGUUUAAUCAGCAUGUUUAAUUAUCUUACAAUCAAUCAAGCUUUGAUUUUUCUUCAUACUCAAUUAAGGGACAAUGAUUUGUUAAUAGCAGGUCUAUCUAUAAGAUUUACUGUACUAUAAUGUUUUUGUGACAUAAAGGACAUGUUUG